AUGUGCGACACCGGGCCGGUGCCACCUUCGCCAUGCGCGCGGCCUCUGCUAUCGGCACUGCACCUGUGGCGAGUGACGCCGACACAGGAAUCACUCCGCAAGAUCAUUCGGCCGUCGAAGGGGCAACUGCCGAUUGUCCUGAGAGCUACCCGCAUGGCCGGUCGAAAAGUGGUCCUGAGCGUGUGGGCCGUGUCAGACGGAGAAGCCAUCACUGUCAGCGUCUAUGAUCACAAGGCCGUUCAAAACCUGGAGAUCACCUUGCUGUGUGGCUGGUGGGCGGAGCUUGGAAUUACGGGCCUCAAGUCCAUGGCACCUGCGGGGCUCAGCGGGUUAGCAGCGUACUUGGUGCAAAGCAUCUCGCUUCAGAUCCCGCAGCCAGACCGCAAGGGACGGGUGGACAUGUCGAAGGCUUCGCUGCAGUUCAGCCCAGGCCCACCGCCGCCCCCGUUCGAGUUCGGUCCUUCCCAGUUCAACCCAAGAAACCCUUCCGAUGGCAGCGAAGGGGGCACCACCUUGAGGCCACCGGUGGGGGGCAGGAUGGCGAGCCGCGUUGUGUGGAGGGGCAUCCGCACAUUGAGGCGGCGAGCCGUGCUGCUGGCAUGCGCUCGGAACGGUCCAUCGAUGAUGAUCGUUCGGGGAUGGGACUCUUCCAUGGCGUGGCGGAUGACGAACGUGAUCACCUUCCAUGAAGAUGAUUGGAAAACUUGGAAGGACGUGACCGAGCCAAUAAAGGUGGCCACGGCUUCCUUCUUUGCGACGGCAAGAGAAGGUGACGAGCAGCGGGGACCCCAACACAUCGCUUCGCAUGGCCCAGCACGAUCCAAAGGACAAGACCAACGCGACAAAGGCGACGACAUCCGACAAGGAUCUUCCACCGCUGCGACCACGCUUGAAGGUAGAGCAGACUCAUCGACCGAUAGCGGAGCUGCUGCUUGUAUUUCUGAUGCCGGCAGUGCGGACGAAACCCAGAACGUCCCCGGCUCGAGCGGCACCGUCAUUGCCCCAAAGAGAAGCCCCAUCACCGCCGUCGCAACCGACCAGGCCAGCACCGAUCGCUUGUGCCAGGCUAUCGCUGAUCGUGUCGAGGUGCGCUCGGAAGGGAGGGGCGGGAAGAUUGCGCUAAGAACGACACGGUGGCGUGGAGCGGGAGAAGCGAACGCCGGCAGCGGCAGCGGCGGCAGCAAGCAGCAGGACGCUGCCGUACAGCGUGCAUUCCUCUCCCACAAGGAUAUGGAAGCGCGAAUAAAACAUCUUGACGAAGAAAAGGAACGCGCGCCUCCGGCGGGAGCGGGGCUGGGGGGGGGACCCAGGCGUCCCCUGGAAGACCAUGACGGAAGCAUCGAUGAGUGGCUGGUCAACCUCCCCGGCGCGAGAAGCAUGAAAGCGUAUGCUCGCCGACGAGGGCUGGACGGCAAGAUCAAGAGCAUGGAGGAGGUCGUGGAGCAGGCGGUGCGCAAAUGGAAAAAUCUCGGAAAGGCGCUGUGCCGGCUUCUGCGCAUGUCGGACUACUGGUACGGCUUCGCCUUCGACGGCGCUCUUUCUGGCGAGGAGAGGGCGGCAAGGCGAAUCUCAGUCCUGCAACAGAUUUUGGAGAUGCGCGGUGUUGGGCGUACGGCAAUGAAGACUCUCGUGCUGGCCAUCGCGGAGCGAUACCCGCGAUCGGUCUGGUCGAGGUUCCGGCAACUGAUGCGGCAGCCGAGGGCUGAGCGGAAGCGACGCGACAUGGCGGUCUGCGCGGUGCUUCUAGGGGAGAUCGACAACCAGUUCUUCAAGUACACGACUGCCGGAUGGCCCUUCUCUCGCCUCGUCGACCUUGCCUCGGACUCCCGGCUGGUACAGAAGCCAGCCUUAUCCGUCCUCUACGAGGAGGGGGAGACGGCUCCGAGGACGAUCGACAGCGAGACAACGGUAACCCAAGCAGUGCUCGUCCCCAGCGUCGUGUCGAUAGCGACCAAAACCACCGACAGCAACAGCGACGACGACCCCAGAGUGGCUUCAGGGUCUUCGUGCAACGAAACUACCUCGUGCAGCGAAGGUGGCAAAAGCAGGGUGGCGGCGGGGCCCAGUAGCACCAGCAGUAGAAUGAACAGUAGUAUCGGAGGAGGAGGGAGUUCGGGCGGGGGGGGAGUACAAGGAACACGGCCACCACAGCAGCAGCCGCAGGAGCAGGAGGAGAGAUGGACGGUUGGAGCUUACGUUAUCGUUCGCGGGUCCGUAAACCUAUAUAUCCUCGAGAGAGGACCAGCGGCGAUGCUGCCAACACCCGCGUCUCAGGACGAUCUUGCCACGAAGGCUUCCAGGGGGCAGCCCAUGUACCGACCCCGCCCGCCAGCCGAGUGGGAGGCGGCGGACGUGGCGGUGGAAGCGCAAGAAGGGCAACCUGGCGUCGGGAGGGGUGCUGGGCUGGUGGGGCGUCGACAGCGCCGGGCGUUCACCGAACACUUGGAGGCCGUCAUGUCUGGGAGGGGGGCAGAGCCUCGCCGAGCUCGCACGCGGAACAUGGCACCCAGAUGGAAAGCGUGCCGCCUGGGAGCUGGAGCUUUGUUUGGCGACCGUCCUGAGGCGGGAUCAAACCCAACAACAACAACUGGCCUGUCGCAGCCGCCAGGGGUGGCGACGGAGCCGCCGGGGGCUGGUCCCGCGCUGGAGACGGCCGUCACAGCAGAGGAGACGGAGCUGUUGGAGAUCGGGGUCACCACGUACCGGAGGCUUUUGGCGGCCGGCGUCAGGGAGCAGGAAGGCCGCGCGGUGGCCGUGUUGAGAGCGACCGGGGCGAUGGACGGCGUCCCGACACAGGCCCUAGCUCGCAUCUGCCGCUACGGGACAGAGCGCAGCACCGGACCGCAACUCGCCAACCCACCUCUCCUGAACCCUUCGUUGGGCCGCGUAUUUCCGGGACGAGAGCAGGGAAAAGCUGAGUCGGCGUUCGGUUUCCCUAGGGGUGAAGACAAUGGCAAUGACUACAACGACAGCGUCAUGUGCCGAAAAGGAACGUUCCGAGGAACUGUAUUCUUCGUCAUGGAGGGGCACGGGGAAGUCAUCCUAGGCGGCGGUGAGACGCAGAGAUUCGAUGGUCGCCGUGACGAGGGCGGUGGCUCGUCCACCGAGAGUCUUUUGGCCGCCGCCGCGUUUGGGAAUAGGCGAGCUCCUGAGAACAGAAGAAAGCGUGGCCGCCGUCGAGGCACCCAUGUUGGCGGCGGCUCUAAUUGUGGUGUUGGUGGUGGAGGUGACGGAGGCGGAAGCAGUACAGAGAGACAGGAAUCGACCAGUGGUUUUCAGGAGGAUGACACGUCUAUUGGAGAAUCGUCGGCGUUGACCUGGACAGGGAUGAGUUGGCAAGGACCGCCGGAUCUUCCAGGAUCCACUGCCACUGCCGGUGGCACCACCCCUGCCACCACCGCCGCUGCGCAUGGCCGCUCCGACAUCACCGGAACCGGUAGCACUGCAGCAAUAGAGCCAUCCGUGGCAUCGAACACGACGGUCCAAGCCAUGGUAGUAGCCUCGGCACCGGCAGCAGCAGCUUCCACACCACGAGUACCGGACGGCUCCGGCACCAAGCACAGGGAUGGCUCCUCGGUGCGACUACGGCCGGGCCUCGUCGCGACCACCGACCCUUCGGCCAUAACCAGGGACCCGGCGUCGGCCGUGCCGGCACCAGUGUUCCCGGGCUUGCACAAGGCGUCGCUUGUGGCGGGGCCCGGCGGGCUGAGAUGUCUCACGGUGGGGCUGGCGGUGCUGCAGAAGGUCUGCCCGCCGGUGUAUCGCCGGCUGGCGAGGGUCGUUUCUGAGAGGUACUUGGAAUGGGUGACGGAGGCCAGACGCAAGAACGAAGAAGACUGGCAAGAAAGCCUCGAGAGCGAGUCGGUUCACUCUCUCAGCAGGUCGUUCUACGACAGCUUCGCCAAGGGGAACUGCAGCGGCAGCAUUGCCGGCAAGGGGCCCAAUGGCGUGGAGUCAUCCGUGGGGUGGAUAUCCAGUGCCGAAGGCGGUCGCGGAAGCAGCAGCGUUCUCGGUUUCGGUGAUAGGGCCGGCAGCGACGGAGACGAACUUACCAUCGAAGCAGCCACGCUAGGGAUGGCCUCGUCGAACUCCAUCUCCGGAUCGGGCAAGAGCAACAAGAGCAUUUUCGAACUCAGCCGGAGGUAUGUUGGACUGGCGCUUUGCUCGUCGGCCCGCAACGUCGUCCCGGUGCGUCUCGGCCGGGUGGUCGUGCCGGCGCAGCGAAAGACGCCUUCGUCUUCAACCAGUCCGCACCGCAGCCGACAGAGGCGUCCCGUUCCACCUCCUCCAGUAGCCGCGGUCGCAAGCAACAACAACAAUACCAGCGAUGAUGGGACAACACGCCGACGAGUUAGCCCGCGCUCCAAAGCCACCUUUACGGUGAUCUCUAGGGCUGCCCGUCGCCACUGCUUCGCUCCUGCUCCCGCAAGUGCUGCCGGUGCUGGUGUGGGGAGUCACGCCCCUUCUACUGGAACGAUUACGGACGGCCGACAAGCGGCCGAUCAAACUAAAACCAAGUCACCUCCGCGCACCAACACCGGCCCCAUCUCCACGGGUUCGGCGUCCGUCUACCACACGCACCAUCAGAGUCCACGAGGUACCGGAGGCUCUCCAGACAACACAGGAAAGACCAUGGUUCAUUCUUGCGGUGGUUCGGUGACCGGCGGGGACGGUAGUGUCUUCGCCGGGAGCAAUGGUAGACGUGGCGGUGGCGACGGUGGCGGCGGCGGCGGCAGCGUCUGCAGUCGUGGACACCGCUGUGGUAGCAGCCUCGCACGAGGGGUAACGGUGCCUUCGGAGCGAUUGGGCACAGAGUGGGCGGCAGCAAACGUGUCAAACCUAUUGGCGAAGUAUCACCAACUUGAGACCUACGACUGCCCAGUGUCCCCGUUCUCGGACCCCCCUUCCUGGGCGGACAUCCCCCCCUUGGCGGUGAUAGAGCCACCGGGGUACUCGCCGUCGUCGAACACCCCGACCUGUGCAGCAGCUGGCAUCGGAGCGGCGAUGCUGCCAGGCGAGCGUCCGCCAGAAGUAAGCGGAGCUAGCCCGGCCAACGAAACGGCAGCUAGUCUCCCUUCUUCGCCGCUACACGUGGAGGAUGGAGCACCAACGGAGGCGGCGGCGGUGGCGACCCGGCCCGCUGAAAAGACAGUAUUCCAGAUCGUCACUUCUCGGCGUCGCCCGAGCUACGGUUGGGGAUGGAAGCGCCCUCCGGGGCAGAAGGGCGGGGCACGCAAAAGAGUACUAGUCCCUGGAAGCACGACGGUGCCCUCGCCGUCACUCCUAGGGCGGGAGCGGCCGGGCCGGACAAACAUGAGCGCGGUUCCACCAACCUCGUAA